AUGAGUGUAAUUGCAGCAGCAGCAUAAAUUGAAGACAUAAAUAAAUUCUCCUUUUUGAAGAAAUAGACAACUCAAUAUUCAGCUAGAGGCAAAAAUAACUCUUAGCAUGAAGGUGCCCAGUAAGGUAAUGCUCCUUAGCAAUCUUUGCACAAAAAUGAGAGUGUUAAACUUCCUUAAAUUAAAAAUCAGAAUCAAACUUAUUCCAACAAUUCUAAUCAAUAUAACUCCUCUCAAAACCAAUCAAUUAACACAAUUGACUGCAAAAUAGCUUUCAAAGACUUAAUGAGUCAGUAUCACAAGGAUAACUCUAGAUGCUUUGACUGUGGAGGAAAUCAUCCAUCUUGGGUCUCAGUGAAUCUCGGUAUAUUUCUUUGUUUAAACUGCGCUGGACAACAUAGAGGUUAUGGAGUUUAAAUAUCAUUCAUGCGUUCUGUUCUAAUGGAUAAGCUCACAAAAAAACAAUUGAAAUUACUGAAUCUCGCAGGUAAUUAGAGAUUGCAUGAGUUUUUCGAAUAGUAUGAUCUUAAUAAAGAGACUCCAAAUCUAAAGUAUAAAUCUAAAGCAGCUCAGUAUUACAGAGAGUUGCUUUAAUGUGAAUGUGCUGAAAGGUAAUUAGAAUUGGUUUAGCCUGAAUAUAACGAUGGUAGAUAAAUAAUGGAUUCUUUUAUGUCAAAAGACAAUAAAACUGUACUCAAACCUUAACUUCUAAUUCAAAGAAAGCGAUCAUUUGAUAGCUCAAUGAAUUCAAGCAAAAGCAUCCCAUCAAAUAUGCUGGUUUUGGACUAAGAUUGUGAUCCCAUUUUCAAUGAUGACUCUUUGAUGAGAAUUCAAAUGCAACUGAGUAACACCAAUAGUAGGAGUGGAUAGAACUCAUUAAAAUAGGCUAAUUCCCAAGAUAAAAUUAAAUCAAAUCUAGGUGGUUCUAAGGAUUCAUAAAAUGAGUAAUUUCUCCUUAUAUAGAAUACUAAACUCGGUAGUGUUGGUGCUUCAACAAUCCCAAAAGACAGCAAAAAGCAAUAGAUAGACUUGAUUCAGUUUACAAAGAAGCUGAAUGAAGAAUUAGCUAUGAGAAGUAAGAAGUUAGCUGAAAAACUGGAAGAGUAGAAGAUUUCUGAGAGAGCGAGUGAAUUAGCACAGAAAAGCUAUGAGCUAAGCAAAGAAAUUUACCGUAAAGCAUCUGAUUCUAUCCAUUCUCUCAAUGACAGUGAGAAGAUUAGGAUGCUAAGGAAGAGGACUAACAACGGACUCGAUAGCUUUGGUGACAAGCUGGAUCAACUCAAAAACUCAAUAUGGUCUUUUAUGACAGAAGCCUGUUCAGGAAGAGCUUGUCCUCAUGGAGAAAGACCGUCAACUAUGCUGAAAAUGUACCUUUCUAAGAAGCUCCAUCAAAUGAAGAGUAUCUAUGAGUUGGAUUGUCAAGGAAAUAAGUUAAUUUGCCUGGAUAUAGUCUCUAUGGGAGCUUAGCUAGGAAAUGAUUACGUUGAACCUUCAAGAAAAAAUACAAAUGCUAUAAAUCUAAAUAAUGCUCUUGAUUAUUACGGGAGUGUGGAAUCAAGAUAUGACUUCCAGAACAAGUUGUCAGAUGAAAAGAUGCCGCCCAGAACACGGGUCCAGAGCGAAUUUAAUGUGCUAGACUACUUUUAAGAGAAAAGCUUUUAGCUGAACAGCUUGCGGAGACCGACUAUGCAUAAAUUCGGUCGCCAGAACAAGCAAGUGAAGGAAAUCGAGCCAAUCCAAAAACAAGCAACUUUGAUAAAUCAAAACUAAUAGCCACAUGAGACUCCUAAAGUAAUCACCGAAGAGGGCUCAAGUCCCAAGGCUGCAAGACAACAAAAACUAUUCAGCAUCAAAGGAAAAGACCACGAGGGAGUCAUUAAAGACGUGGAGGUCGUGCAAGACCACUUCGACAGAGAAUUUUAAAUACCUGAUGAUAUCGAGCUAGAUGACUACACUAGAAAGAUGACAUACGACAACUUGGCAGAUUGCCAAUUCUACAAGAGAGAGGACCUUGUGAGCAUCGAAUCUAACUUGAGGUUUCUAAGAAAUGCCUAGCUUGAAAACGGUAUUAGCAAUCGCACAUCCUGUGAUCUUCUUACUAGAUCCAAACCGAAGGCUAAGAGACACAGGGUAUCUUCCCAAUAAAAUCUCGAUAAUAUUGAGGAGGAGCAGCUCUUGUAAGAAUUUGAAAACCCCCUCUAAUAGCCUGAUAUUAAUGAUUGUCUGUCUUACACCAAGUCAGCUGACGACUAGAUCCAGGAAAACCUAGAGGGUGGUUGUGACGUCAAAGAUAUCCAAGAUGAGUUCGUUCUUUAGUACACCAAUCAUUAUGAGUAAAUGUCCACUGUAGGUGGAUUGACAGAAUCUCCAAGCAAGAACGGCCAAUCAAGCAACCACGGCGACUUAUUCUCCGAAUUCCAAAUCAAUGCAUCCAACAGAAACAGAUCCUUCUCCUAAGAAACUGAGCUUAUAACGGUCACUGGUCACGAACAGUUCUAAAGAAAGAACAGUCUGAUGUUUAUUGAGUGCGAACAAGUCAACGAAUAAAUAGACAGAAUGGAAAGAAACAGUGUUGGCAACAGAUCCCUUCAACCCGAAAUCUUGGACGACCACAACCAAAUAUAAUUGCCAGACGAUCUUGCCGAUAUCAACUUCCUGGAUAGAGUCGAUAAAUAGACAGAAGUGGCGAUAGAAGACUUGAGGGACUAAGAGGACGCCAUUCCUGUGCCGAACGAUGAGAUAGAGCCUCCACCAUCCGCAAGGAAGGUGGAGGUUUUCGAUGAUCAUAUCCUACAUCCAUUGAGCACAGAGGAUAAUUACUCCUAAUACUUCUACGAUGAUUAGGACACUCUUGCUCAUGAUAUUUAGGUCAAGGACUCUUUCUAAAACAGCAAGAUCCUCAGACUGAAGUAUCUCUCUAAACUUGCCAAAGAGCAGGUUUGGCUCCCCCCUAUGAAGCAGCCUAAAUAAAACUAAAACUUAGUAAUUUUGGACUGGGACGAUACCAUCUUCCCAACUUCACAUUUGAAUCCAGUAGACGAGUCACAAUACGAUUUUCUUUUGGAAAAAUAUUAAAAGUAUCUCACAGAGAUUGAAGAGUAAGCAAUUAAACUAUUCUAAAGUUGUACUAAACAAUGUAAAGUGGUCAUUAUUACAAACGCUAAGAAGGGCUGGGUUGAAUUUUCCUCUCGCAAAUUCAUGCCCAACCUUCACAACUUCCUUAUGAAAUAUGUCAAGAUCGUCUCAGCUAGAGUCGAUUACGAAGAACAGUAUCCUAUGGACACCUACAAGUGGAAACAACUGGCUUUCUAGAAACUUUGGGAAUGUAAAGACUUACAAUUAGAUAAAGCCGCCAUUACAAACCUUAUAACUUUCGGUGACUCUGAGUAUGAAAUGGAAGCAGCUAGAAAGUUUGGAGCUAGAAGUGAAAAGUGCUUCGUUAAGCUCAUAAAACUCCGUGAAUGUCCAAGUUUUGAUGAACUUCACAAAGAGUUACUAGUAAUUAACGAGAGAUUCAACUAUAUCUUCUCAUCCUACAAAAACUUAACUAUCAGACUUGAAAAGUAAUUUAAUUCAUUCACGCUAAUUUAUUUAUUUAGAGUCAAAGAAAAAUGA